GAGUUACAUCCAUCGUUUCUUGUUCCUGAAAUCACACCCAGGAAGGCGAUGUAGAUGAGUUUUCUGCUGUAAUUGGUGAGCAAUUAGAAGGGUGGUAUACUUCUGGCUGCUUUUACCAAGAUGUAAUCGCAGCCAGCUUCUUAAAAUAAACACUGGACGUUCAAAAAAUGGUUUUAUGAAUAGGUGGAGUUUUAAGUGAAAAUUAACAAUACAUUUUUAGGUGUUUUAUGGUGCGACGGCAAAAUUGUGGAACUCCGCCCUGUUAUGAGAGGUGAAAAUAAAAGCCAAACUAGACUACGAGUAGUCCCUCGCGCGUGACGCGAAAGAAAACCGCGAGAAAAAAAUGGCCGCGCGAAAUCCUGGGGGCGAGGAGCGCGCUCUUCGCUCUAUAAUUAGAGAGAAAAACAGACCUCAACUUGAGUCUGCUUUUUAACUAAAUCCCACAGAAUGUAACAACUCCAUAACUUGUCUGAAAAGGCUUUCACUUUAUGUCCUUUUGUUCAACACAAACAAGCAAAAGCCCUGAUGCUUACUCUUUCUAUCAUCAGGAUCUUCUAUGUUUCAUAACAUGACGAAUAAUACCACCUCAGCGUACCAUGGGACAUUCCUGGUCCCUCGUAACAUUCAGAUCGGAGUCACAAUCCUUGCCGUAAUUGUUUUCAUCCUCGGAAUGAUCGGUAAUACUCUGGUGAUUUACAUCGUGUUUACAGUAAACCACAUGCGUAGCUCAACAAACACUCUUAUCGCCAACAUGGCCUUUGCCGAUCUUCUUAUGACCAUAGAUAUCCCGUACAUGAUCAAAUGGUACUACAUGCUAAAUAAAUGGUUUAGCACGUUCAUGGGCACUGUGUUAUGCAAGUUCUUGCACUCUUUACAGAUAGGAUCCCUUGCAGCCUCAGUGUUCAGUCUGGUGGUGAUUUCCCUCGAUCGCAGUUUUGCCGUCCUAUUUCCCAUGAAAAAAAUAAUGACUCGAAGCGUUGUUCGUUUCGCGAUCGCCACGACGUGGCUAGGUGCACUGGCGUUAAUGCUUCCAAUUAUGAUAGCCACCAAGAAUAAACAGUGGGAGGGAGAUGGUAUGAUUUGCGACGAAUUUUGGAAGCCGAUGUCAACAAAAGUCUACGUUACAGUUGUUUUCGUUGCUUCUUACAUCGUUCCACUGAUAAUCAUUGCUCUAGUCUACUGCCUCGCUGGGUUACGUCUUUGCCGCAGAAAACUACCUGGACAUCAAAAUCAGACAGCACACAAUAAAGUCCAAGCCUCGAGCAGACGAGCGACUGCAAUGUUGAUCACAGUGACUGUCAUUCUGGCUCUGUCGUGGCUUCCUUUACAAGCUUUGGAGAUGAUAAAAGUUCACAAGCGAAGCCUUUCGCUAGAAAUUCCAAUAGACGUCCAUUUUAUCGUCCCCUUGUUUGGUUACUGUAACAGCGCUAUUAAUCCAGUUCUUUAUGUGAUAUUCUCAGGGAAUUAUCGCCGCGAGUUUUAUCGGAUUCUAUGCAGGGGGGCAAGAUGGCAAGACAGCAAGAGGGCGCCUGUUGUAAGUAAAUGUACCACGCGUCAAACAGGGCAUCGAAUCCAGGAAGAAGCAAGUAAUUUUGAGUGCGAGACUCGUCUCUAGCCAGAUUGUGAACCGAGUCCUCAGCGUCCGAGGAGAUUCACAAUGAAAAAGACAGUCAGACAGAUGGACAAGGACCGAUUUCAACACGGCCGGCUAAUUUGCUAGCCUUCAUUAAGGAGGCAAAGAAACAGAGGAAAACAGGGGAAGGAAUCCAGUCCCCCUCCUUCUAUCCGCACUUUACCUCCCCCUCCCCCUCCCCCGUUUAACGCCUGCUAUGCAGACUAACGAUUUGCAAGAAAACCGUCCUAAUGACAGAACACUUUAAAAUAAAAUUACAAAUAUCACAAAAUUAUUAGACAGAAAGCCAGAGACAGGCAGGCAGGCAGAUAGACACACAGAAAUCCAGACAUACUAAAGGACCGCUUGACUGAAAAACUGACGGACCACCAACAAACAGCCAGAGACGGACAGACAGACACUAGGCAGGUUGGCAGGCAGGCAGGCAGGCAGAC